UAGAUUCGUCAAUAAUCACAAUGCACACACUGUUGGCAUCAAUCAAGCUGUAGACCAUAAGACAUGUCUGUGCAUUUCCUAAUGUGAGGCUAUUUCUCGGAAAGCUUUCAGCAAGCAGUUGGCGGUUUGAAAUAUUAAAGUUUCUCUAUUUAGAGGCGGAGGUGUGAUUAUGAUACAACCACACACACAAAUAAACACGUAUUAAAAUAACCCGCCGUCACUUCUUUUUCCUGCAAAUCUUCCUACCCUUACCAAUAAAUAUCCAAGCACUGAUGAACUUUUUGUUACAGCCUGAUCAGCAAAUCGGACCACCGGUCAAAAUGUCUGUGAAGAUCCUCUCCAUCACUCUCCUCCUGCUCUCAAUGUGUGUGUGCUGCCACUCCUCUGAAGCUCAUCGUCUUCCUACAGUACCGCGACCAUGCUGCACUGCCGUCACCCAACGCGAUUCGAGCACUAAGGUGAUGGGACAAACGUAUCGUGAGCAGGCUAGAUCAGGUCGCUGUGUGAAGGCUAUAAUUUUCAACACAAAGGAAGGACAGCUUUGUGCUGAUCCAAACGCUCAGUGGGUCAAGGAUCUCAUUGCCAAAAUGAUAAAGUUGAACCUGUCUGCUACAUCAGUAUUUUCACCAUCUUUAAAGGCAAGAUGGUGAACUCAUUGGAGUUCUGGCUUUGUGUCUUUUUUCUUGCUCAUAUAUGAAUUUCUUGUUGUGUUUUUAUGUGUUUACACAAAGUACAUUUUGGCUUUAAAAAACUACAUGAAAAUAAA